UCAGCGCCGUCAACGGUCAGUCGAUGCGCAAUGUUUGUGCAGUAGUGUACGGUACGUUUCUUUUCAGCUUCCCUCUAGGUGAAGAGUCGAGAAGAGAGAGAGAGCGAUUUGGCAAAAUCGUACGUUCUCGUCAGAAGCAAGUACGACGUAUUUCGCGUGAACGAGAGCAAGUAGCUUAGAGUACCGAGGAGUAAAUAGUGUGAAAGUGACGUGGAAAGUGAAUUGGCGAGAUGAGUACUCCGGUGAAGAAGGUACCCAUUCAUCUGCAGAGCGCGCAGAAGAGAUUGUUAAUUAAAAAUGGCAAGGUCGUGAACGACGAUGGGAUAAUCGACAGCGAUGUUUACAUCGAGGAUGGCGUUAUCAGGCAAAUGGGACGUAAUCUUAUUAUUCCUGGCGGUACAAGGACCAUUGAUGCUCGUGGAAAAUACGUAAUGCCCGGUGGGAUAGAUCCGCACACGCAUUUCGAAUUUGAGUUUAUGGGUACUAAGACGGUAGAUGACUUUUAUCAAGGCACGAAAGCCGCUGUCGCUGGCGGUACCACGAUGAUCAUCGAUUUUGUGAUACCACGAACAGACGAGAGCCUCGUGGAAGCGUACGAGAGAUACAGGCAGAUGGCGGAUCAAAAAGUAUGCUGCGAUUAUGCGUUACACGUCGCCGUCACAUCUUGGAGUCCGAAGGUCAAAGAGGACAUGGCGACGUUGGUGAAGGAUCACGGCGUCGGCAGCUUCAAAAUGUUUAUGGUGUACACGUUCAUGCUGAGAGAUCCAGAGCUGAUUGAGACUUUUAAGGCGUGUAAAGAACUCGGCGCCAUUGCUAUGGUGCAUGCAGAAAAUGGUGAUCUUGUCGCAGAGAAUACGAAGAAAUUACUAGCUGCAGGAGUAACUGGCCCAGAAGGCCACGAGAUGUCACGCCCCGAAGAGGUCGAAGCGGAGGCUGUGAAUAGAGUGUGUGUUAUCGCGAAUCAGGUGAAUAGCCCGUUAUACGUAACAGCGAUUUCAAGCAAAUCGGCUGCCGAUGUCGUGUCGGCAAAGCGGUCGGACGGCAUCAUCGUUUUCGGGGAAACCCUGGCGAGCACCAUCGGUAUCGAUGGUAGUGAGCUAUACGGCAAAAACGUGGAGAGAGCAAGGCGUUUUAUUACUAGUCCACCGUUGCGACCUGACCCAACAACACCUGCCUAUCUAAUCGAACACCUGGCCCAAGAUAAUCUUCAAGUUAUCGGCAGCGACAAUUGCACGUUCAACACCGAGCAGAAGGCUCUGGGCAAAGAUGAUUUCUCCAAGAUUCCCAACGGUGUGAAUGGUGUGGAGGAUAGAAUGGCGGUGCUCUGGGAGAAGGGUGUACACGCUGGCAUAAUGGACCCCACGCGAUUCGUUGCGGUCACCAGCACGAAUGCUGCAAAAAUUUUUAACUUGUAUCCUCGAAAGGGCGUUAUAGCCGUCGGCUCGGACGCUGACAUUGUCGUCUGGGAUCCCAACAGGAAACGCACCAUUUCCGCCCAGACUCAUGUCCAGGCCGUUGACUUCAACAUCUUUGAGGGUAUGGAAGUAACUGGCGUACCUGAAUACGUGAUUGUCAAUGGACGCGUAUGCGUGGACGAGUGUGAAGUUAAAGCUAUUCAUGGCUUUGGAAAAUAUAUAAACGCGGAUCCAUUCGGUUCCUAUGUGUAUGACAUGAUAAAUGACAAGGAAAAGAUACCACGUGGAGUCGCACGAACCGAAGCGGAAGCGAAGAGAUUUGCUGAGGAAGACGCCGCAAUUGCGAAGGCUAAGGAAGCAGCGAAAGCGGCAGCUACGGCUGCGGCUGCGGCACGAGCCAAUCUGAACGGUUCGAUUCACGAUAGUCCAAAAAUAAAAUUGAAAGCUCCCACUUGUAUACCUACCUUACCGGAAUCCGCCGUGAUGACACCAUCCACGAAAGGCCCAAGACUAGAAGGACAAAGAAAUCUACAAGAUUCUACUUUCUCUAUCAGCGAGGAUGUCGAAGAAGCACGAAGGGCAUGCAUUCGCGUAAAUAAUCCACCGGGUGGGCGCAGUGCGGGAGGCUUUUGGUAAUUUUUACAAAAAGAAAAAGCAUCAAGCUUUAUGUAAGAGAAUCACUCAAUGCGAGAAUUGAAUAAGAUUUCACUUCUCUUUUCCUCCCUCCCGUCAUAUCCCUUUUAUCCGUCAUAACACACGUACACACUCUUCUUCGUUUCGAAGAGUAUCAACCCGCUUCCAGGUUUGCUACUCAUUGAAUAUUACACCAAAUCGUUUUCACAUUGUAUUCCUAUCAAUCAAGGUCUGUUCCAUCGAAGGAGGAUGCGGAAGCCACUGGCCAAUAGGUUGUACAUUCAUAUGUUCAUAUUAAUCGUUCAACUUUCGCUUCAUUAUGGCUUCAUCGCUGCACUGUAUCAUUGGCGUGCUUCAAUCAUUGAUCUUGAUUUAUUUUCCGAUUUUUACAUUUAGAAAUUAGAUUCUUUCAUUUUUUUGACAAUGUUAUGUUAAUAGAUUUUUUUUGUUAUCUUUACCUCAAGAAUUAUUUAUUGUUGCACACAUCAAAGUAUACGUAUAUGAUUUGUAUUAUGUCGUAAACUACAAGAUAUGUAUUUAACAUCUGAACGAAAUACUAUAUUGGACGAGAUAUCUUUGAAACAAAGACAUUAAUAAUUUCGAGAAAAAAGGUAAUUAUUUGAUAAUUACAUACAUACACAUUAUAUUUUGUGAAAUUUAUAUUCUUGUGAUCGGCAAUUAUUAUAUAUAAUAAUUGUAAUGAACAAAUUACGGAGAUUACAAGAUCAAACUUAGAAAAAAAUUGUUAUCUAUCAUAAACAUUAAUACAGGAUAAAAAAAAUAAUUUGUUUCUUUUUUUAUAUCAUAUUACGAUUUCUUUAAUUCCAAAGGAAAAUUUAUAAUGAUAAUCAGAAUGAAAUAUCUUAGCCUGUGAAUAAAAACAGGUAUGAUAUUAGUCACAAUUACAUUAUUAAUAAGAAAGUUGCUUGUUUAUUGCCCAAGAUGAGAAAAUUUUGUAUUAGGAAACAGUUGCGUCUCAAGUAUAGAAGUAUAGUUCUAUGGCUGGUAUUCAUAGUUGAUUCUUAUAUUCAAGGCCGUUUUAAGUGCCAUCUUAAGAUGUCAUUAAUCUAUCAGAAAGUUGUAUUAGCAUCUUAAAAUAUUGUUUAAAAUGAUUUUGAAAUAAGACUCGACUAUGAAUACUGGUCAUAGAAAGAUGUGGUAUUUUAAGUUAUGACACAUUAAAUUAUAUAAAAGUUAAAAAAGUUAUGUUUAUUUAUGAGACGUAAAGUGUUACGCAAAUAUAUUUAUAUAUAUAUAUGGACUAGUUGCUCCUUAUGGUAAGACUAUAUAUGUUUGUAUUUAAUUGGAAAGCAAUUGGAAUUCUAUUUCAAAUUUAGUUGUAACAAUAAUUAAUAUCUGUUUCAUAUAUACGAAACAUUAAUAAAUUAAUACUAAAGACUUUUCAUCAAUGCAAUUAUCAUUGAAAGUUAUAUAUCAGCUAUUUUGAAUAUUGCAGUUAAGAAAUAUAUAUACGUAUGUGUAUAUAUUUGUGUGCAUGUAUAUAUAUAUAUAUAUAUAUAUAUAUAUAUAUAUAUAUAUAUAUGUAUGUAUGUAUGUAUGUAUGUAUGUAUGUAUAAAUUUAUUUAUUCUUAUUUAAUUUGUCUCAUUUAUUUUCGCAACAAAACAAACGUUAAUACUUGCAUUGCGAAAUAAGAAAAUAUUUCAAUAAACACAUUUAAUUAGAACGUUACAUGUAUAUGUAUAUAAAGUGCAGUUUUAGUUAAAAUUAAUUUAAAAAUAUUCACUAUUAUAUAUUUAUAUAACUAGUAUAUCGCAAAAGUUUACAUGUGUUUGUCGGAGGCGUUUACUAAAAAUGUUAAGAUUGAGCAAUGUUGCAUUCUAAAUAGAUUGCCAUCAGUUAAUAUUCAUCAUUCGUUAUCUAUCACAAUCAACACAAGUGUGCUAUGAAGUGUCACCAUAAUUGUACGAACUGAAGGAGUCUUGUCAUUCGUAUCGUAUCAAUGACACGAUUUUUACGUCAGCUUUUCGAUAAAUUUAUACUCGUUGUCCUAGAGGCAAUGCAUCAAAGUAAUUUUAGGUCGAAUAAUGAUUUGUACUUUGAUAAACAAUGAAAAUAUCAAUGAUCAGUGGAUUAAGAUUUCCGUUUAGCAUGUAGAUGUAUGUAAAUCCUGUCGGCAAAAGCUUACGGCAACGCUAAUAUAGUACCAAUUCUCCGCUUUCACUGCGUCCGCGUGAAUGCACGAUAUAAAAAAUAACGCACAAAUAUUUGUUUAUUCAUAUCAUCACUAUAAGAUUAUUACAAUAAGAACAAAAUAGAAAAUUUAUACAAGUGCAUUCGCAAUUUAAGAUACGUGUCGUGUCUAAUCAUUUUAUCCAGGUUUCGUCCAACAUUCCGAUCUGUAGAAAUCUACAUAUAACGUGAAAUCUACCUGCUUCUAUGCGUAAAAAAUAUUGAACAUUAUUUUUGAUCGCCAAUUUAACUUUUUUUGAUGCUUCAUUUACAACAUUAACACUAUUUAAAAAUACCAAUAUUACUAUUGAAUUUUCUUUGGUAUAUAUUAAAGAUAAGAAAUGACAAGAGUAAUCAAUUGUAAUCACGUAAUCGUCAUCACAUCACGUAACAAGUAUUAAUUGUGUAAUCGUUCAUGUGUAAAAGAAUUGUUAGUCUUACGACUAGAGCUUAUGCGAGUCAAAGUAUGAAAGACCAAAGCAACAUUAGAAAUCAAAAAUUUUCUAAUAGAUUUUCUAUCAAAAUUCUGCAGACAUUUCUAGGUAUCUCUAUACUAAUGAUAAUCAAGAUGUGACGUAUGUUUAUUUAAAUCAGUAAUGAGUUAGUAGUCGUAAAAUUUAUGUAACUUUUCUAGUAAUUACAUAUUUUUUGCGCAGUCUCCAUUUUUUAUUUCUUAUUAAAAUUGCGUUAAUCAAUUUUGUGAAAUUAUUUAAAAUUAUUUUGAGAGAGAAUUACAUAUUUAAAAAGAAUCAUUUAAUAACAAUUUUAUUUAAAGCAUUGUAAGAGCACAGUGAAUUAUAAGACAAUUAUUGGUUUAUAAAAUAUCUUAUAUAGCACAGAAAUAUUUUAACGCGUUGUUAUCAAUUAAACUUCAUAGAGAGUUAUUAUGCUUUGCGUGUAAUGCUGUUGAUAUUUUAUACCAAAUAUCGAAGAUUUUUAUGUUAUCACUGUUGGAUGUCUACAGUGACAUUUAUUUAUUUAAAUGGCAUAUAUAAGAGUACUUUUAAGAACAAGUAACAUAUUGUAAUUAUCAAUGUGUUCACAUUAUGUGAUCUCGUGUCGAGUACUCGGAAAAAACGCAUAAUUUAUCGAUAUUGACACAUCUAGAGUAUCCUGUUUAUGUCUGUUAUGAUGUAUGUGAUCGCUUUAAAUAAAUAUAACAUAAGUAACAUAA